AUGUAUUUCUUAAUCCAGUGGGAGGAUCGCUUUAUGUCCGUCAUCGACAUAAAGCACAUCGUCAAACCAGUAAAGAACAAGUUUGCCUACAAGGAGGGAGAGAUCAUUAGGGCGCAGUUUGGCAAGAAAAACAGCUAUGAAGCUGUCAUCUGUGAAAUACAUCUUACUAUUGUUGAAGACAGUAAGGCUGGACAUCUUCUCAUGAAGCCAAGACCAGAAAGUAUUACCAGCAUGGAAACUGACAGUGUUAAAAAAAGGGAUUUUGACGAACUUCAAGAUCAGGUUAGGCGCUUAAAGAAGAGGGUUCGGAAACUCGAAAGGUUCCAAGAUUCUGCGAAAUCCAGCAAUAAAGCAUCUAAUCUGCCUGAAGGACCAAUCCUGUCCAGCCAUUCAGAAAGUCCUAGUAGCCCUUCACAGAAACCGUGUGAGGAGUAUAAUGGCUAUAUAGAACCACAACUGAAGGAUAUGAUUUGUCACGAGGACAGCCUUUUUGAGUGCUUUAAAAAACUUCUGGCUCUGUUUUCCACUGACUACAUUACUACCCAUAGUGUAACUGGUAGGAGAGCAAACACCAGCACAGAGCCCAAACCCAAAUUUGUAUGCUUGCUUAAGCAAAGUGUUAAAAGAAAAGUUUCCUGGCACUAAAGACACAGAAAUAACAUUAAAGGUGUGAGCUGUUCAAAAGAAAUGCAAAAAUGCUAAUCAGUAAAAUGAAGGUUUUACGGAAUAAAUUUUUGAUUGUUUAAUAUU